UCGGCGCGUCCCUCGAUGCUUUGGCUCGGUCGAGUGAGCCGCGACAAGAGCUACGACGGUGGCUCCUCAAGCUCCUCUUCUCUUACCAUCUCCUCCUCCGCUCUGUCCGUCCACACGAUACCACGAGAUGAGGCUCACAUGGCGUUCACACGGUUUCUUCGCAGUUUCACGUCAAGCCCUCUUCGUAAGAAAACCCAGAAACUCUCCGAGCUGGGUGAGGGCCACAUCUCCUCAGAAGCACGUGUACCAUGAUCCAAUCCCCGAAUUGGCAGCAUCUGUAUGUACUAAGUCCUUCGAGAGGCGCAAGUUCGAGCGUGACCCCAGGGAGAAGCUAUCCGGGGACAUUGACACACUGGGAGAGGAUCUUGAUUCGGUCAUAAAAGUGUGCACCCAGUGUCUUCGAGAUCAGAUAUUCAGCGAAUUUCUCCGCGAGGAAUGUGGAGGACCUGGAGCAUUGCUGGUGGAUCCUUUCACAGAUAAGCUAGUCGCCCUUGAGGAGAACAAUUUUCCUGGAGCUACUCUCGCUGCGCGAGCAUCGCUAUCGUGGGCUCAAAACUUUGUUUAUCAGGAUUGGAACACAAGAGGAUCGAGCUGA